GGUUUGAUUCUGAAAUAAAAUCUUUAACAGGAACAUCAAGACUUGCAGAAACAUUAAGCACUCUUUUGGAUAACAACGACGUGUUAGCGAUUAGUUUCUUAGCACUUGCUUUACCCAUAGUGAAUUUUCUGCCAUUAAAAAUGAAUAAAGAUAUCGAAAACGCUGCGAUUGAAAUUGAAAAAAUUACAAAGGAAUUGGUUCAAGAUAAAUUUGAUAAAUUGAAACAAGGUAAAUUGGAUGGCAAUGAUUUGGUAAGUGUAUUGGUGAAAGCUAGUUAUGGACAGGAAAUAGAUAAAAGCGAACAAAUGAGCUUUGAAGAAAUAAGAAAUCAGAUUAUGACAUUUUUGAUAGCGGGAUAUGAGACAACCGGUGUUAUGUUGUCUUGGACAUUGUAUUAUUUAUCCAAAGAUCAAGAAAUUCAGGACAAACUGAGAGAAGAGAUU